CGGUUAUACAAUCUGUGCCCUGACUUGAGCCUGCCAGAACUAAAACCUUACCAUGUUCUGCCUUCAAGGGCUGCUUCACAACCAGCUGCCAGAAUGAUGAAAACCGAAUUCCCGGGAAGAAAAACGAAGGACUUCAAUCUCCGGCAAAUAAAUCAUGUGUGAGAGGAAGCCACGGUAAGAAAAUGGCUUCUCGCGAGUCGAAGACUGGCACAAAGAUAAAUGUUACUCGGGCAGCUGAAGAAUCCAGUCCAGUGGAUGAUUAUUCCACACCUGGGGGCUAUGAGUUGGAGAAAAUCCUCAACCGAGGGAGUGUGGCUUACACUCAUGUCAACGAGGUUUGGCCUAAUGUCUUUAUUGGCGAUGAGGACACUGCAAAGGACAAGUACACACUGAAGAAGCUGGGAAUUACGCACAUCCUGAAUGCAGCAGAGGGGACAUGGAACAACGUGGACACUGGAGCUGGCUACUACAGUGACAUGGACAUUGUAUACUAUGGUGUAGUAGCAGAAGACGUCGCAACCUUUGACCUCAGCCAGUAUUUUUUCUCCGCUGCCCAGUUUAUUGAGAAGACACUGAGCAAUCCUCAGAAUAAACUGCUGGUGCACUGCGUGAUGGGAAGGAGUCGGUCCGCCACACUUUUCCUCGCCUAUCUCAUGAUCUGUGAGAACAUGACGGUGGUCGACGCCAUAGAGCACGUAAAAAAACGCAGGCGUAUCAUCCCUAACUGGGGCUUUUUGAAGCAGCUGCGAGAGCUGGAUCAGCACCUCUUGGAGAAAAGGGGGGAAUCUGCAGGGGAAAGCUGAUUGUGUGGCUGAUCAGUCUGAGACUAAAGUCAGCGGAGACUAAGUCAAAUCCCAGCCAUUAAGACUUCGUCAUGCUAGGAGUUACAGCCAUGUGAAAAAAAUAAAGUCCUAUUAAAACUAA